AAGUAUUAUUUCUAAGCAUAUAACAGCCUUAUGCAAUACAACUCCUGUUGUUGUUUUAUCUUCAUAAUUCAGUUUUCUAUGAAGGUAUUGCAAAUCAUAAUUCAUAUUUUUAUUCUUCCUGAAGAAAAAUAUUCCCUACAAGAUGAAUAAACUGUUUCAUCAAAUGUAGUCUACCAUUGUUCAUGCCAAAGGAAGCCUGGUGCACUGGCUCUCUGCUUUGUCUUGCAUGGAUGAAAUUGUUUAUGUAGGAGAAGACAUUGAGCUAGGUCUCAUUAAUUUGCCCUACACGAAACGGGCUAAACUGCCUCAUGUGUUCCUCCAUUGGGUAAAACAGGACAACUGAAGGACCACAGCUCUUGUAGCUGGUCCAAACGUGACAAUGGAAAUGGAGUUGUGAAUGGCCAUAAUUUUAGAACUUUUUAACCCAAUUUGAAUGUUUUUGUUUGUAGUAAUGCCAUGUAGGGCAGGCUAGACCUACACAACUUAAGAAGUGAAAGGUCCAGAUUGAUAAAUUAAAAAUAAUUAUGGGGCACAAAGGAACAGAUUGCAUGCCAGUCAAUCGUUUGGCAAAUAUCUCAUGUAUAUAUCUUUCACUUCUGCUGAUAUUAUCUCUUAAUUGCACUGUUUUCUGAGUAUUAAAAAGUUAUUAUUUUAGUUGUAUGUGAGAAGAAAAAAACCCCCAAUGUGUUAACAUCACAGGUUUCCCAAUAUAUUUCUUAGCUAUUUAGCUUGUUGGGUUUUUUUGCUUCAUAUAUUUUUAAACUUGAUAUCAGGUUGUAAAAUGAGCAACUGUGUCAGAAGGAAUAGUAAAUUAAUUCUAUGUAUUAAAAGGUUAAUACUGACAAUAGAGGAGAACAAAUAUUCAUUGUUACAAAUUGUAAUUCUGAUUCAUCUUUGGCAGAAGCUUUUAAGAUCAUUGAAGAUUUUUACAAAUAAUAUAAUCUCUUUGUAUUCACACAGAUUUCCUAUGACAGCUAAAAAAUAAAUUGGAGAACUAAGGAUAAUCUAUGCUUAUAGGGAGUGUUCUCUUGUCUCAGGCUUAGUUUUACAAAAUAAUCAUCAUUUUAAAAUUCAUUUAAACCAAAUUUGUUUCUUUGCUAGUCCAAAUAUAGUAGUAAUUUCAGAUUUAUUAUUUAUUUCAUGCAAUACAUUCUUUCUUUGCGUAAUCAAGAAUGAUAAAUUGAACAUUAUGCAAAGAAAAAAUGUAUUGCAUGAACAUAUUCUUUAGAUAUCCAGGAAGAUAAUAUCUAAAUGCAACUUGUCUCAAAAAGGUUAAUAAAUUAUUCUGCUUGUUUAGGUUUAUUGCUUCAUAUUCUUUGCAGAAAAUGACCAGUAAUUGCCAUCUCAUUAAAAUUAUUAUCUAACUCCCACAUGGUAAUUUUGUGGAAUGUUAUUGUAUGCAUGAAAACAAUACCUUUUAUUUUUGGUUAUGAAUUAAAUUAAUAGGUUGAAUGCCAGCUAAAAGUCAUAUUGUAUUCAUUACAAAUACUAAAUGAAACAAAAUGACAUGGGAGUGAAGAUGUGAAUUUCUAAGUGAUAUUAAUAACAACGUCAUAUGGCACUAUAAAAAUUGCCAGAUUAGCAUGGUGGUGCCAUAGACUCAAAAGGGUUACAAGAUUUAUGACUUAGCUGAUGCUGUUUGGUCCUUAACUCAAUAUUUUUAAUAAUUUUGAUUCAUACUAACAUGAACUAAUAGGUUCUGUAGCUUUUGAAGUGAACUGCUUAUUUAUGGAGCAUUAGCUGUGGUACAAAUGUCUUCAUUUUAUACAUUACAAACAUUAUGUUAAUAUCUGAUCCAAGACAUUUUGUUGUCUGAUGUAAAAACUCCAAAAAAUGUCUGUCAUGUUGAAGUGGCAAUCUUAAUCCAGACUAGUCUAUUUUUUUGAGGAAUAAGAAAUAAUUAAGUUACAGUAUGGUCUAAUCCACUUAUGUUGUUCUUUAAGCAUUACUGCCUCUGAUAUUUAUGUUUUCUGUACACCCUCAAUAAAUUGUGUUUUCAUACAAUUUGGAACCUCUUCAUAGCAGAGUCCCUAUAAAUUAGGAGCAGACCAUUCUGUGUCUGCCCCGAGUCUUCUAUUUAUAGUUUUCGAUGAAAAGUCCUUUUAAGCUGCAGUCUACAAUUAGAACAACUGUACAGUAUAUAUUUAUCUAUUUUGCCACUGAAUAUUUUACAUGACUGCUGAAACCCAAAAAGGGAUUUUUUACAUUUACUUUUUACUUUUAAAAAAAUAAAAUAAAGCCUGAUUCUAUUUAUAAUUUGAGAGAUUGAUUUGACUCCCAAAGGAGUAGGCUAAUUUCCUUUGUCAUAUCUUUCAAUAAAUAAGGCUAGGAGGCAGUGCUAUAGAAUUUAUUUUUCCUUUUUUCCUUUUGACUUCAUUUUUGUCAUUUACUUAUAUAGAUGCUUUGUGAGUCCUAUGUAUCUUACACUGCAGGAUUGGGGGAGGGGGAGGAUGACAGGUAAAAUCACUCACCCAGAAGAUAGAUAGUGGAGGUGAGAACUACCAAACUACGUCACUAAGUCAGGAGGGAGAAAUAGAGCAUGCAGAACCAAGAAGUCUUACAAAGGAAGCUUGGGGAUUUUUACCCUAUGAGUUCAACCCAAUUUUGCCGUUACAAUUGUGAAUAAUGCCAUAAUUCCUGUUCAACACAGGCAUUUGUGAGCUAAUAUCUCAAAGAUUCUGAACCUUUAAAAUCCUUGUCUAUAAAGAUUAAUCACAACUUUCCAGUCCUUAAUACUUUGUACCUAAAUGCAUUAAAUCUGCUUAUUGAGUAGGCUCAUUGCAAUUGGUAGGUGGGGCAGUUGUAAAGAUUGAAUUUUGCAAUAUCCAUUCUGAUUCUUAAUAGUUUGUUCCGCACUGAUGUUCUGACAGGAGCACAUUAUUUGGGGUAUUGUUUAACUUAUAGAUCAGGUUUUAGAUAAAGAAAAAAAUAAGCACUCAAUUUCUAGUUGACAGCAUGAUUACAUUUCUAGAAAUAACUGAUAUAGUUUCACAUUUUAAAACUUGGGUAGUAUGUAAUAUUUGUCAUUGAGGUAUACUUAAAAGAUCAGUUUCUUCAGAAGAGUGGCAGUAGUUUUUAAAGAAUAUAGGCAGAAAUUGAAAUGAAAUCAUAGGACUAUUAUUCCAUGAAGUGUAUAAUUUUAAAUAGCACAUUUUAGUUGUAGGUCUUUUUGCAUGGUGGUCUAUGUAACCUAGAAACAAUAGCUAGGAAUUCUUUUUGGUAUUAAGUGCUUCUGGAUAUUGACAGAACUACUUUGUUUACUUUGCUGCUCCAUCAACCAGCAAUAAUUUAUUCUAUUACGUAUUUCACAAGACAGCAAAAUACUGCUUGUGUAUUGCAUUUUGUUACUGCUGAUUAAAUAUAUGUGAAUGAUUGACUGGAUAGUCUUUCAAACCCUACUCCGUCUUUGUAAACCCUUAAUGGUAGUGCUAAAAGCAAGAAGUAUGAUAAUUGCUUUGCUUACAAAAUAAGCUCAUGACACAAUUUGGGGAGGAGAAAAGUUUGUUCAGUUAUAAAUGUUUCUGCUUUCAUUUUACAGUCAUAACUAAGUUGCUUUUGUCUAUAUUUACAUCUUUAUUAACUUGAGAUUACUUGAAGGAUGCAAAGUUCUAAGAGGUCUUCUGAAGAAUAGGCUGUACCUUGUGAUGCUAAAUUCAGUUCUUCAAAUUCCAGGAUUCAUUUCUGUUCAUAGAAAAUAUUUUCAGAAUUCCUGGUCCAGUUCAGAAUUACCUGCUUUGAGUGAUUCUAAUUCUCAUCAGUAGUAGAACAAUUUGUUCUGCAAAAAAAAGAAAAGAAAAAAAAUGUAUAUAGAAUUUAGUUGCCAAAAGGCGUAGCUGCCAUCAGUGAGUUCAUUGUUCGUUUCUAUGGAGACAGCAGCCUAUUCUGAAUGGCUGUUAGAUCUUACAGAAAGAUGCAUGACUCUGUAUAAGUUCAGUACUGAGCAAGUGAGCUUUCUCAUUCAGCUUCAUCCUCUGGCAUAUCUUAAGUGCAGCAAAUAGAGGGUAACCAUGCAAGGAUCACCCAGGAGGCGUUUGGCAGUGAAUCUUUUUAGCAAGUUUUUUCAGGGCCGGAGACAUUCUUCUUCUGAUCCUCUCUUCCAAGUGCUUCAGAGGCGACGGAGCUCAGUUGUAGAGGUCCUCUCGACUUCUACACAUAGGGUUAUGGUGGCUAUUUCCUCUGUAAGCCCUGAAGAGCUGAAUGCUGCUUUCCAUGAAAGAAGAAGAAGAUCUAGACGUCCAACUGCAAAAUAUACAAAAGUUGGAGAACGCCUUCGUCAUGUUAUUCCUGGUCAUAUGCAGUGUUCUAUGGCAUGUGGUGGCCGUGCUUGCAAAUAUGAAAACCCAGCUCGGUGGAGUGAACAAGAACAGGCUGUUAAAGGAUUAUAUUCCUCCUGGGUAACAGAUAACAUACUGGCUAUGUCUCGACCCUCCACAGAUCUUAUUGGAAGAUAUAAUAUUAUUGAACAGUUCCAAAGAUGUGACAUAAAAACAGUAAUUAACCUUCAGCGUCCCGGGGAACAUGCUAGCUGUGGGAAUCCACUGGAACAAGAAAGUGGUUUCACCUAUCUUCCUGAAGCCUUCAUGGAGGCGGGAAUUUAUUUUUAUAACUUUGGAUGGAAGGACUAUGGUGUAGCAUCUCUCACUACUAUCCUCGAUAUGGUAAAAGUGAUGACUUUUGCCUUACAGGAAGGGCGAGUAGCUAUUCAUUGUCAUGCGGGACUUGGCAGAACAGGUGUCUUAAUAGCUUGUUACUUAGUUUUUGCAACAAGAAUGACUGCAGACCAAGCAAUCCUUUUUGUAAGAGCAAAAAGGCCUAAUUCUAUUCAGACUAGAGGACAGUUGUUGUGUGUAAGGGAGUUUUCACAGUUCUUAAUUCCGCUCAGAAAUGUUUUUGCCACCUGCGAGCCAAAAGCACAUGCAGUGACUCUUUCCCAGUACUUGAUCAGGCAGCGGCAUUUGUUGCAUGGAUAUGAAAGCAGACAUCUCAAAUAUGUGCCAAAACUUAUCCAUCUUGUUUGCAAAUUGCUCUUGGAUUUGGUUGAAAACCGACAGGUGAUAGAGGAAGAAUUAAUAGAUAUGCCAGACCUGACAGCUGAAAUUGAGGAGACCGUUUCUCAGUUAGCUUCUACGGAGCUUGAUAAGGAGUUAAGAAGACAAGACAGUAGUACUUCGGAGCCAUUCUCUCUCUCAGGAUCAAAUCCUCUUCAUCCCAGGGAACACGAUUGUGAUCCUCUUUGCAAAUCGAGGACUGCUGAUCACUUUUUGUCUCUUAGCCGUUCCAAAAGGCGCCUUAGCUAUAGUGAAACAGAUUUAAGAAAAUUUGCAUUUAUCACUGAGCAAGGAGAAACACUAUGGUCAGUGCCUGUACAAGCGCCACUCUGCAACAAAUCUAACCCACCAAGCAAGGUGAACGACUGCCAGCCUCUUCAUAUUGAGCUAAACCAAGAAGUCUUAAUUCGUAACACGUUUACUUUCUCAACUCAGGGAAAAUUUAAUCCAGGAAAAAAUGAAGACGACUCUUCUGCCUGCCAUAGAUCUAGACAUACAAAAAGAGUACUGCGUAGUAAAACCUUUUCUUCAGGCCUUUCAUAUCAUCAGAAAGAAAAAGAGGAGGAUGAGGAAGAAGAAGAAGAGGAGCUAAAAGCACUGAACUAUAAUUUUGUGAGAAAGGAUAUUUAUGGUAGACGAAUAUCAUCUGAAGAUUCAGAAAGUGGGACUUAUGAUAUCAAAGAUCUUUCGGACGCAAUCCCCCAUAUCAUUGUGCAAUCAGAAUUAACUCAAGAGGCACGAAGAAUUUUGGCAGCCAAAGCUCUGGCAAGUCUGAAUGAAUUUAUGGAAGCAGAAGAAGUGAAGUCUAAAGUAGAAAUGUGGCAGAAAGAACUGAAUAGUCAAAAUGGAGCCUGGGAUAAAAUAUGUGCUGAGAGGGAUCCUUUUAUUCUCAGUAAUUUGAUGUGGUCUUGGAUAGAGCAACUUAAAGAACCUCUUCUAACCAAAAAUGAUGUUGAUGUGUUAGCAAAAAAUAACACAGAUUUUCAAGAAGCAUUCAAAUUACUAGAAAAGGGAAAAUAUCACACCAUAUUGUGUAUCUUAAACUGUGUGGUGAAUUUGCAGACAAUACCAACAGAUGUCGAAGAGCUGCUUCUUAAUCGUGCCAUUAAAGCAUUCACCAAGCAGAUGAACUAUGAUUCUGAAAGUGGAUCAGAGGUUUACAGCAUUUUAAAGAAUGUUUUCAAACAGAUACUGGAACACCAAAGACAAUAUGCCAAUGAAGAAACGGGAAAGCUUUUAUGAAGUUUACAUUUCUACGCUACAAUUUUUUGUAGUGUUGAAAAAUUACCUUUCUUUCGUAUCCCUUGUUUUGCGUGAAUAAAAUUUCUGUUAAUGUUGUUUAUUAAAUAUCAGAAGGUUGCUUUCCUAUAUAUGUAUGUACAUUGUUACUUAAUAACUUGCCAUUUUUUUGUGAUUGUAAUGUGGCAUUUUGGUUUUGAAGAUUACAUUAAAAUGCUAUACAGUUUUUCAGCGAUAAGUUAUUGGUUGGAUCAAGGAGAAAAAUCCCUUUGUUCCAGAGUAGAUAAAGUGAUCCUCACUAAUUCCUCCUCUCCCAUAUGUCACCAAGAAUAUGUUCAGGAGGGUUAGGGACAGAAGAAUGGAGCUCCGUGACCAGUAGUGUUGGCAACUGUUGUUGGAUGGGGAAUCAACCUAGAUUGCUUUUCCUUCACCUUUUCCCCCAAGCAGGGAUGAUCUCAGCAGCACUUUGUUAGGCUCUGUUCCCAUUGGCUGAAGAAAGCUACAUUCAACCUGCUAUUUUUCACAUUGAAUUGUUGCCAUAAUUCACUGCCAUAAUCUGCUUGUUUAUUCAGUUAAAUAUUUGUGUAUUAAAACUUUUAAGCCUAAAUGCUGUUUACAUUAGUGGUAUUAUGUUUUAUUUUGUGAUUAGUAAACAUUGAUACAAAUGACUGUUGUACAGCUAAAUGACUUUUUCUUGGUAGCCAUAAAAGAAUUGAUUUUAAUGCCAAAAUAAAUUUGUAGCAAAAAAAUAUAAAGAUGACUUAAAAUAUGAAGGUAGACUACUGCCAGCUCAUAAAUGGUUUUGAGAAAGUUGAAACUUUCUAUUUUUAAAAAAUAAAAUACUGUAAAUCUGAAAAAUGAGAUGUGUAUUACAGGAGCUCAUUUUAAAAAAACAAAUAAAGGAAAUAUUUACAGUAAAAAAUGUUCC